AUGAAAUGCAGCCUCCGUUUUGCCGUCGGCAUAUCCUGUCUCAUACUCGUCGCCUUGUGGUUUCUCGUGCGGCAUUUCGCAGAUCUCCUGGACCAGUACAGCGGAGGUUCAUAUUUGAUUGACUACUUUUAUGCGCGCUUCGGUUCCGGGUCCCUUGAUUUGCGGAAAGACCCAGUACGUGCCCACGAUGUCGAGGUGGGUGAUAAAAUCAUUGUCAUGGCAAAACUGGAAGAAGAGGACACAGAUUGGGUACGGGAUGAGCUGCCAGACUGGCAAAGAGCCGUAUACAUCGUAAACCCCUCCCAAAAAACUCUUAACGACCCCAGCGCCCUCACCGUCCCCACAAACAAAGGCCGCGAAUCCAUGGCCUACCUCUCCUACAUCAUAGAUAACUACCACAUCCUCCCUCGCACCAUCGCCUUCCUCCACGCGCAUCGCUCCGGUUUCUUGCAGGCAUGGCACGUCGAUGCGCCCUUGCACGAUAACGUCAUCGCCAUGCGCACGCUCCGGAUCGACUAUGUGCAGCACAGCGGCUAUGUCAAUCUGCGCUGUAAUUGGAACCCCGGCUGCAAGAAAGCGCAUAGGAUCAAUCGGCAUGUGACAGACGAGGUGUGGGCGGAAGUAUUCUCGGGGACGAGCACCCCGCCGCGGAAUCAGUCGUCAUCAUCGUCGUCUGGAGAAGAACAAGGAGAAGAAAGCGCAGCAGCUGUUGCAGGCGACGACACCAACCAUCCACUGCUGAAAACCAUGGAUAAACCGGCAGAGGUGGCAGCAGCGUGUUGCGCACAGUUUGCCAUGUCGCGCGAGCAGGUUCUAAAGAGGCCGUUGGAGGAUUAUAUACACUUCCGCAACUGGGUGAUUUCGACCGAGAAGGAUGAUGCGAGCAGCGGGCGUGUCAUGGAGUUCUUGUGGCAUAUUAUUUUUGGGAUGGAUUCUGUGUUUUGCCCUGACGAAGAAGUCUGCUACUGCGCCGUUUUCGGACGGUGCAAAUGA